GGGUUAAUGGAGAUGGUGUCCAAGCCUCGUCAUUGUGAGAAUGUGGUGGAGCUGCUGGAAUGGUUCGAGACACCCACCUCUUUCGCCUUGGUGCUGGAGAGACCCAUCCCCUGUAUGAACCUCCACAAAUUCCGUAAAUUUUAUGGAGGUCGGUUAUCUGCAGCAGUGUCUCAGACGAUCCUGAGGCAGGUGGUUCGAGCUGCUAAGCACUGCUGUGAUUGUGGAGUUUUCCAUCGCGACAUCAAGCCUGAGAAUAUUCUCAUCAAUCCGGACACUCUGGAGGUGAAGCUGAUUGACUUUGGCUGUGGGGAUUUGAUGAAGGACGAGGUGUACACCAGUUUUUCUGGAACUCCAGCUUACUGCCCUCCUGAGUGGAUACGCAACAAUGAGUAUUUAGCUGUUCCUGCUACUGUCUGGAGUCUGGGUGUAGUCCUGUAUGAGAUACUCAGUGGAAACCUGCCUUUCUACAGUGAGCAGGAGAUUAGUGUUGCUUGUUUGCCACUACUUUCUGGUUUGUCUAAAGAGUGCUACAACCUGCUUAUGUUGUGCCUGGAUCUGGUCCCUGAAGACCGUCCAACUCUGGAUGAAAUCCUGAACCAUGUCUGGUUAAAGGAGGAGAUUUACGAUGGCGACCAGAACCCUUCUGGUGACCAGGAUCUGGACACACCUUCAUCACACUGACACAAAUCUAAAAAAAAAAAGAUUGACCAUGCUGCCCCUGCCAUGCCCUCAAACACUCCCACUGUCUGACUGAAGCUUGUGUUCUACCGCUGAUUUUAGAAUGGGAGCUGUUGCUCCGCCCACUCUGCCUCCCUGGAUAGCAGGGACAGCCUACUGUAACCUGUACCACGCCCAUGAUAGUGCAGGACACUCAGAGAGCUCCACAGAGCUCCUGGACUACAGGUGGUCCACACUGGUCUCCUGGGCACCGGUCUCUCCUCAGUGUAGAGCUCAAGGGGAAUUCGGAGGUCGAGGAAUCCGUCAUGGCGGUGAUCCUCGAGUCCAGGUUUCUGCAUCACCUUCACACGUUGAAGGCUCCCAAAAUGUCUGAUGGUCAUCAGCACAAGGCUUCAGUGCUCCUCUGAUGAAGCACGGAGUCAUGCUGUGGCAGAUGUUCACUGCUGUCGUCUGUGUUUGUCAGAAUCCACAGGACAUAACUCACUCCUGUCACUGUAACAUGUGGUCAGGAGCUCAUACUAACUCCACAGAUUUAUGAUCUUUAUUUUUGGCAGCAGAACAUUUUUAUCGGGUAUCAGCAUCAGAGAGAGAGUGAGACAGGUGUCUGGGUGUAUAGAAUGAUAAAGAAAGAGAGUGAGACAGGUGUCUGGGUGUAUAGACUGAUACAGAA